UACCUACAGCCAGGUUGAGUUGGUCCACUCAACUCUUCACACUAACAACCAACUGAACAAUUUUCGUAGGAAAUUUUAUCAAUUUUUUUUCCUUUUUGGGCGGUAGCCCUCUGUUGUGACAACCAAAAAAAAAAUUAAUUAAAUAACAUUUUAUUUCAAAGUUUUGAAACACCAUUUAAAAAAAAAUUACCAAAUUAAAAUUGUUUUAAUUGUUUUGUUAAAUUCUUUGCAAACAAAUUUGAAGAAAGAAAAAUAAUCAACAACAAAAAAAAAAUUAUAUAUAUAUAUCACAUACAUAUCAGAAAGGCAGAAAUAAAUUGAUCGCAAGUGGUUUUUUUUUGUUUUCUCAACAUAAAUAAAAAAAUAAUUUAAAAAAAAAGUUGUUAUUCGGUAUGAAAUCAGUCAAAACGUGUUUUAAAUAGAAAUAGAAAAAGAAGAAGAAGCAGAAGUGAUGUAAAUUCAAAUAAAUUAUACGAUUGCAUAAUUUGUUGUGUAACUGUGAUUCUCAACCAAUAAUAACAUCAGCAACUAGGCGAAAAAAUUCCGAUUCAGUGCAUUCUUGAUUGCAACCGCACACUUAUCCCCCGAAGAGAAGAAGAAGCAAAAACAAGAAGAAAUAGAUCGACAAGUUCACCAUUUUACUUUUGGAAUUUCUUUUUAUUAAUAUCAAAAGAGAAAAGAAAAGUUUAAUAACAUCAAAGUUUGCCAAACUGCUCUCCGAAUUUGUGCUCUCUAUUGAUUUACCAUAAAAUAAGACCGUGGCUUCUUCAGAAGGUGCGAGUGGUGGUGAUUCCGCCCUGUUUUCGAAAUUAGGCGGAGCCAUUUUUGGUGGCUCAAAUUCACCUCAGCGAGUUAUCGCCAAUGUUCGUGGACUACUUGCGAAUCGAAUAACUGGCGCUAUUCCAGACACAGGAUGGCGAGACUCAAUUCUAUCACUGCCAAAGAAAUGGUUGUCCGUAACAGGGGCUACCGACGAAUUUGGAUUCCCAGAAGAUUUGCCGAAGCUCCCAGUUCCAGAGCUUGAAGAAACAAUGACCGAGUAUCUGCGCGCACUGGAGCCGACAUUAACACAACAGCAACAUGAUCGAGUCACGACCAUUGUUAAGCAAUUUGUAUCACCAUCCGGACUGGGACCGAAAUUGCAUCAGUAUUUGGUUGAAAAACGUGACGCUGAAGAUAAUUGGGCUUACAAUUAUUGGCUAAACGAUAUGUACAUGGAUAUACGUAUUCCCACUCCGAUCAACUCAAAUCCUGGCAUGGUUUUACCACCUCGCACAUUCCAUACCGUAAACGAUGUGGCCAAAUUUGCGGCCCAAGUCAUCAAUGGAAUCAUGGAGCACAAGGAAAUCAUUGACAGCGGUCAGCUGCCAAAGGAGCGUGCGGCAAAUCGUGAAAAGAAUCAGCCACUGUGCAUGGCUCAAUAUUAUCGACUGUUGGGCUCGUGCCGUCGACCAGGUGAUCCUCGUGAUAGCCAAUACUUGCCCGAACCACGCGAUGAUCAGCAUGUAAUUGUUGCAUGUAGAAAUCAGAUGUACUGUGUACCUGUGAAGGCUGGCGACCGUGGUCGUUUAAGUGAAAAGGAGAUCGAAUCCCAAUUGUUGUUCAUUUUGAGCGAUGCACCGUGUGUAAGUGUGAAACCUCCACCGGUUGGAUUACUUACUUCCGAUGCGCGAAGCACUUGGGCUCGCGAUCGUCAGGUGUUGCUGCAGAACGAACAGAAUCAACGAAACAUUGAGUUGAUUGAACAGGCAUUGGUUUUAGUUUGUUUGGAUGAACCAACCCCGACAUCGUUCAAUGGACAGGCAUUCGUUGGUGCAACCGAAAGUGUUCAUCGUGCCGGGCUUAGAGAUGAAACAAAUAUGGCACACGAAAUGAUACACGGUGGUGGAAGCGAUUAUAACACAGGAAAUCGUUGGUUUGAUAAAACGAUGCAGAUUAUCAUCUGUAAUGAUGGAACAUGGGGCUUAUGCUAUGAGCAUUCAACAUCGGAAGGAAUAGCGGUGGUUUUGUUGCUCGAAAAAAUAAUGAACCAAAUUGACAAUGCCAGCGGUAUUGAAGACAAUGCAUCACAGCAGCAUUUACCGCCGCCCGAGCGUUUGGAAUGGGAAAUUCUGCCCGAAAUAUCGCAUAGAAUGUUCCUUGCAGCAAAAAGCGUCGACAAGCGCAUUGCUGAUCUUGACUUUUUCGUUUAUCGCUAUCGCGGCUACGGAAAAACCUUCAUCAAAAGCUGCAAAGUUAGCCCCGAUGUGUACACUCAGCUUGCCUUACAGCUGGCCUACUACAAGCUUUACGGUCAUUUGGUUUCUACCUACGAAAGUGCUUCAACUCGACGAUUCCUUUUGGGUCGAGUUGAUUGCAUUCGUUCAGCCAGUACCGAAGCGUUGGAAUGGGCAGAGGCGAUGUGUCAAGGUGAAGGUGCAAAUCUAUCAUUAGAGAACGAUAAAGAAGACGAUGUUGCCGAUGGAGCCAACAGAAAGGUUAAAUUUAAAAUCUACAGCAAGGAGCAUUUGUUGGAAUUAUUCCGUAUGGCUGUGUCAAGACAAACCGAUAUUAUGGUGAUGAAUAUCUUGGGCCACGGUGUCGAUAUCCCAUUAUUAGGCCUACGCGAAGCGUGUAAGGAGCUCAGUGAUGGCGAACUUGAUGAACUAUUUACCGAUGAAAGCUAUCCGAUUUCACAAUGUUUCCUAUUGUCUACGAGUCAAGUUGCUUGCACAUCAGAUAGCUUCAUGGGCUAUGGGCCGGUGACACCAAAGGGUUAUGGCUGUUCAUAUAAUCCGCGACCGGACGAAAUCGUCUUUUGUGUAUCGGCAUUCUAUUCGGCUGGCAGCACCAGCGCCUCACGUUAUGCCAAAUCAUUGAAAGAGUCAUUGGACAGCAUGAGAGAUUUGUUAGAAUCAUAGAUUUCUGAAUAAUAAUUCCUACACUUCUCCCGCACCCCAAACCACACACACACCAGAAACACACAAUAUUAUUACCAUGACACAAGCGGACUUUUGAUUGGUAUCUAUAUAUAUAUCUUAUUUGAUUGGAAACUGGAAUAGUAUAUGAUAUUAGCACGAUCACGCUUAGAAUUAUAUGUGAUUUUUAAAUGUACAACUCAAACUCUAUACAUGAUAACAAACAUUAUUCAAUUUCUAUUUUGUUCAAAAUGAAUUCGGUUUGUUUCUUCCUGUAAUGUUAUGUUUGAGUUGAUGCUUAAUUUAAAAUGAUAUUAACUGUAACACUUUAACGAAACCGUGUGGCAAAAACGAUGAGAUACUCAUCCAUGCACUAAUUACCUGGUUGAAACAAUGAACAUAUCUAUAUAAAUAUAUCACACUAUUUUGUGUUCAAUUAGAAAUGACAGAUCUCUAUAUAAAAGUAUAUUUUAUUUCUACUCAAUUGGUACAGAGAUAUUAUUUUAUUGUUGUGGAAAAAAGAUUCUCUAUUUGUUCAAAAAGAAAUAUGAAAAAAAAACUAUUUUUUGUUUGUUAUUGUUAAAAUAUAUAUGUUAGUCGAAAGAAUACUCUUAGAUCAACGUCUAAGUACAUGCACAAAAUGCAACCUAAAUGAAAUUUUAUUUUCACUUUAAACAGAAAUCUAUUUAUUGAGAACGAAAACCAAGCAACAUAUCACAUGAAUCUAUAUAUUUUGAACAGAAUGGUAAUGUUUAUUUAUUUUUAUGAUGAGAAAAAAAUGCAUAUAUAUAUAUAUAUAUAUAUUUAGAACAGAAGAUGCAAUGAAUAGAAAUUAUCAGCAGCUCACACAGUUUGUGAUGCAAUGGCAUUAAUCGUUUAUUCAACGAAAAACAAAUUAGAAAUAUAAGGAUAUCGAUAGUGAGAAAAGAAGAAAAAUCUAAGAUAGAAACAUAUCAAAAACACAUAUCAUUUGAAUGCUGCACGCAUGGGAUGGCCCAAUGAUACAAGGCGCUUGAAAAGGUUUGCUGUUUUUCCAAUGCGAACAUUCACCAUUUCAAAGAUCGCUUGGGAAAUUCGAUGAGAUAUUGACAUUAUUUUGCAAAUCAAUUCAUCGAUUUCUUCAAGAAGAAUGCAAAUCGUUGAAUUUCGAUUGAAGAGAAAAUAUUCAAGACUUUCAACUGUUGAAAUAUCUCAUUCCAAGGCGGUGUAUGCUUAUUUAUAGAGCUAAUAUACAUAAUAAAUGUUAAUUUACGUGUCGUAUGGUCUAAAAAAGGCCAGAAAAAAAAAAUUCAUUUAAAACUAAUCGAAGUGAAUAAUUACGAGUUGAAAGUGGAUUUUCUUUCUACGUUCAUCUAAAGGUGUUACAUCUAUGUGUAGCCCAUAGCUGCACAAGUAUUAGCUUAAAAAUGAUGACGCAAGAAUUGUAUUUUCUUGAAAUGGUGCAAAUUUCAUUCUUAGCAACCGAAUCAAUACUUUGGGACAUUUUACAUUCAGUCUGCCUUUUCGAUUGUAUUUAUUCACUGUACAAAAAAUAAGAGAGAAGAAGAAAUACCGAGACAAACAUGAAACAUAUCAAUAUUUUCAAAAGACAUAUCAAAGAAUUUUUGUUCAAAUUAGUAGAGUUUAGAUGCAUUUUAGCUUAAUGUUUAAUUUGAAGUAGGAAAUUUGUUGCGUGUUUUAGCAAUAGCAGAUUUUUGUUGGCAUUGAAAGUAGAAGAAAAUGGAUAGGGACACUUUUGGAUCUUUUAAAGUUUAGCUGGCUUUAGUUUGGCGUUGAUUAUUUUCGAUUGGAAUCGGAAUUUAUUGAUUCCAAAUGUCAUUUUGCCAUGGAGAGGAUUGAAGUGAGGUGCAAGUCGUUCCUAGAAAAAUGCUAUGUUGAUAGUAAGAGUAAAAAAAUAAACGCCCGCACAGUAACUCUUGUCCAAACAAACACAAUGUUUAUAAACGAUUUAUUAAACAAGUAGCAGUAAAAACAAAUGUUCAUAUACCAAUUGAUUCAAUAGAAAAUGAAAUUUUCGUUCGGAUGUAUUCAGAGUGAAGCAAAGCAGUAGUUUCUCGAUGCUGAAACACAGCACCAUUUGUCAAAAGUCGAGACAAUGUUGAUGCCGGUGAACGUCCAAAAUUCCUUCGUUGAUCUAGUAACUCGGCCAAUAAUCUCAAAUUGGUUAUCAUGGGCCUUUCUAAAAGGGGCUUGCAUUACUAACAAAGCUUUAUACAACAGGUUAAACGUGUUAAUAACGGCCUUUUUUUUCUUCGGUUCAUUUAACAAUUAUAUAUUUAGAACCAAAAGACAAAUACAUAGUUCAAAUACCAAGGAGAAAACAUUGGCAUUACAAUUGAAUUCAGGUGCAAUCAUAUUUAAAAAAAUAAUAAGACAUUUCCAAAAAGAAACAAAAAAGAAUAAGAAAAUUUAAUUGUCAAAGAUUUAUUUGUUGAAGAAUACUUGAUUGUAUAUUCUUUCUAUAGAAAUGAUACAAUUCACUCAGUUUUGUAGAGAUUUAAGGUGGUCGUUACAGGCCAAAUUACAUGGACAUAUGGUAAUAAUAGCAUAGAAAUAGGAGUUGAAUAAAUUAAAAAUAUCAAUAGCCACCCACUGUACUAUAAAAAAUGAAGAAAAAAAAACAAUAUGAAAUCAUCACUCGUCGUACCUAAUGCAUAUGUAGUAUGAAAAGAGCAAUAAUAAUGAAACAGCAAAAGAGAAUGAAAAAAAACACUCAGAAAUCGUAAUACAACGUGGAAUGAUAAUAAAAUGUUUUAGCAUAACAAAAAAUUUGCAGUGUCAUAUUCCAAUGGCAUCUUCCGUGUGCGGUGCUCUAUUCAAAAGAAAAAAUUCUAGUCGAUACUCAAAUUUUCUCAUUAUCAAAUGUUCUUAUCGAAUGUAUAGCAUUUUCAUUUUUGAAGAGAAAAAAACAAAUCUACACAAUCUUUAUCACGAAAUCUCAAAAUCAAUAAAUAUGAUGAAACUGUGAUAAUUUCUCAAUGUCGAUUCGAUAUUGUCGAAUUAAAUUCAAUUAACAAGAAAUUAUUUCCCACUAUUUCUCUCUUAAAAUUCCAAACAAUAACUCAAUUAAUGCAAAACAUUCUCUUUCCAUUUAUUUGAUUCCUAUCCACACCAGCAAGAACCAAACCCAAUUUCUCUAAAUUUAAAAAUGACCCUUUACUUUAGAGCAGCAUGCUAACAAUACCGGCACAAUAACCAAAAUAAUAAUUCAACUCACAAGUGAAUCAAUAUAUUAGCCAUUGAAAACAAUACAUAUCAUUAAAAAAGUGAGAAACUAUACAAUUAUUAGCGAGUAACAUUUAGCCAAUACAAAAUUGAAAUGAA